AGAGUAGGAAGGUAUUCAUAUUUGGAUUUCGUUAUUAUAUAGAGAAAUCUUGUGAGAUUGAUUUUGGGAAUUGUGUUGCGCAAAGAACCCUCUCUCCUUUAUCGCCCGGUUCGGAGCUUUCCGCCAGUUUCCAACUGCGACGCCCGCCGCCGCCGUGUUCAGCCGGCCUAAUUCCAUUUCCAUCGGUUUGAAAGCUAACCCUCAUGGCCACCUGCACUGGCAGCCUUUAUACUUGCUGCUGUACUCGUUAUAGUUCCAGAAAUGUUGAUAAUUCUCUCUUCCCCAAAUACAGAAGGCGGAGCUCUCAAUUUCCGUUGUCCAUUUCGUUCUCGUCGUUAACUUAUUCGCCUUCUCGGCCGAUUUUAGCUAAAGCAUUGUCGAGUGGUGAUAAAAACAGCAGUAUUUCCGGUAAAAAGGAACAAAAGGUGGAAGAGGAGGAAGAGGAAGUGGAGGAGGAGUUGCCAUGGAUACAGGAGAAGGCUUUGGAUUUGGUGGAGUUCACGGGCUCCGUUACACAGGCCAUUCCGGGCCCGCGUGUUGGCCAGAGCUCAUUGCCUUGGGUUCUGGCUGUCCCCUUGGCUUAUCUUGGCAUUACCUUCGUCAUGGCCUUUGUUAAGACCGUCCGCAAGUUCAGCUCUCCCAGGGAGCAACGCCGCAAACUGGUCAAUAAAAAUGCGAUGUUAUGCAAAUCUAUAGACGAGCUGUUUGAGAAAGGAGCAAAUGAAGUAGACCAAUCAGCUUUAAAGGGGCUGGAGCAAAAGACAGGUUUUGACAUGGAGGAGAUUUUUCGGAAAUACGUUCGCUACGUGUUGAACGAGAAGCCAUUUAAUCCAGAGUUGGUAUCUAACUUAAUCCAGUUCAGAAAAAGUUCAAUGUUGGAUGAUUCCCAAGUAGCUGGAAUUCUGAAUGAGAUUUCAAGAAGGAUUGUGAAAGAGAAAGGUCCAGUGGUCAUGGAUAUGUCAGGAUAUUCUGAAAAGGGUUUCAAAAGAAAACUUGCCGUGCAAGCUCUUUUCGGAAAGGUGUAUUAUCUAUCUGAGCUGCCAGAGUUCUGUUCAAGAGACAGCUCCUUAACUGUUAAAGAGAUAUUUGGGGUAGCAGAUGAAGAUGCUGAGAAGCUUAGGCUCCACACUGUUUCAGAAGCCGGGGAUAUGGAUUCACUAGAAAAAAUGGUUGAUGGUUCAGAUGCAACAGACUCGAGUGAUGAACCAUCAGACACGUCUUGAUGCUCCAUCCAUCCCGUUACAAGGGUAAUCUAGUUGAUAUGAGGAGUACUUGAGAAGCACACACUGAAUUUUUGCAAUGUCAGUACUUGACCUAGUUGUACGACGAAAUUCUUUUUGUCCAACUGAAUCGGUUUCAUCCUAUGAGUUCUUUGCUGCAGGAUGAUGAGGGAUCUAAGCUUGAUCUAGUGCUUUUUACAUCAAAGUUCCCAAACAAAAACAUCUUAUGAGCAAAGUCCACUUCAAUGAUGAGCUGGGGUGAUACAAUUCAUUGACUUAAGUACAUGUUUGAUGAUUCAUUUUAUAAGCAGAAGCUAGUUAAAGUAGAUAUAUACCGGGUUCAUUCUUAGUGUUGCCAAACUUGCCAUCAUAUGUUUUGAGAUGAAUUAUACUUGAGAGUCUUUCAAAAUAACAGAAUUAUAUUA